GGCUAAAGGUGUCUAUAAGAAACAGUGAAAUGUUGUCUUCUGGACAAACAGAGCAGACUAAAUAUAGUAACUGCUGUAACUACAGGAGAUGGCUAUUAAAUCUGUUGAAAAAAACGAGAAGUGAAAUUACAGUUCACUAAAAGCUGAAGGUUGUCUGAUUCUGCCCGAUCAUAGGAACAGGAAGAUGUCAUGAUUAAUGCUGUGAGACAUGCACACUCGAACGGUGACUGGAAUGUUAAUUGAACACACAUGGGAGAUCAAGUAGAAAAUGCCGUAACAUAAUUUUAAAACACGGACCUUAAAAACCCCAAGAUGGUUAGCGUUAAAUAUACUGUGAUUAUUUUUGCUUACAUUGACAAACCACCCAUGUCUAAGUUAGUUUAAUGCCAAAGGUAGAACACAUUACUACUACUCACCAGCAGGUUGUUUUAAUGCUGUAUCAGUGUAUAGACUGCAUUUUAGUAAUGCAGUAACAAUACAAGUCAAAUUUCUAUAUAGUCAAAGCAAUCCCUAUAAACUGAUUUAAAGUCCAUUAUAACAUUACAAUUUGAUCCUAAUUUUAAAACAGUGCAGUCAGGUUCAGUUUAUCAUGCCAAAGUUUCCUGUCUAAGGAAACUCGGCCGAUUGCAUCAAGUGACUGAAUUUGAAACAAUCCCUCCUUCUCAAUGAGCUAAUAGCAACAGUGGACAGUUGAUAGCAUUGAGUUGGUAAUUUUGCAGCAAUCACUGAAAUUGUGCACUUGUGUUGAGCCCCACUUUAGUCACAUUCCUCUAAAUAACCAACUUCCAUCAGAAGUCACUUGAAUAUUAGUCUACUUGUGUGUAAUUUAAACUUAGAAAUGCAGUCUCUUGCUCUCUCUGUUUGGUUAAGAGGUUCUAAAACAUUUCUGUCACCACUCAUGCAGUGGCAGUGUUUGAAUAUAGGCCUUAUGGCCAGUCGUCCAGGACGGCAUUAGAAAGGGGGGUGCACAAGCAACGGAUAAAAAUACAUAAUUUAUCUGUUAUGAACAAUUUUUCUGCUUGUUGUGUUUUUUUGCUUUUAUGCAUUUCAGUGGAGAGUUGGAUCUGUAGAAAUUCUAACUCUCGUCCACUGGUUGCUGCUGAGAAUAAGGAGACUAUGGGCCUGAUCUUCUAAGAUUCCAAAUAAAGAGUGUCAAGUUGCUUUUGCAAGGAAAACAUUUGUGUGUGCAUAAGGCUAUUGAAAAAUUGUGUUGUACAAUGUAUAACAGGUGCAAAAGCGGUUUGGACUGCCCUAUUUAAAUGAGGAAAUUGUGUGUGCUACUGGCUGUCACCAUGGAGAGUGUUAGAGAGUAGACUGCCGUAAACGAAAGAUGAAAUUUGAAGCCAUGGAGUUGGAGGUAAUAAUAAUAAAGAAAUAUAAUAAAUUGCAUUUAUAUAAGAAUCUCAAAAUGCUACAAAACAACAGUAAAAACAUUUAAAACAUGAAAAUCCUGAAAGUUACAGUUAAACCAUUGAAUAUCAAUAAUAAAACCUUGAAAUCUGACAACCACUGUCAGCUCUAAACAGCAUUUACAAGCCACACUCCAACAACUCUGUCAGCUUUACACAUGCAAUUCAGUUGACACAUGUUUUUGUACAUGCAAAUCUUUUGAAGAUCAGGCCCUAUGUGUUUUGUGAGGGACUGCACUACAUUCCAUCCUGCCCAAGAAACUCAUUUUGUCAUUUUAAUUGAUUAGAAGAUGUCAGAGGGAGCUCUUUGCCUAUGGUGCCAUUCAUGCGAGAAAGAAAACAGUGGAAGGUUCUGCUGUUAGAGCACACAUGGACUAUAAAAGUUCUAAAUAUGUUUCUAUCUACAUGCACAGACUUGAAAGGCACAAGUUUGCCAAUGUAGUUUAUACCAUAACUAUUAGGAAAUUAAAUAACACUUUGUUUCUUUGUUUUUCUCAAAUAUUGCUCCCUUCUACAUCUUUGUGUAGUUUUGUUAUUUUAUGUAUUUGGAUCACAAAGAUAACAAAACCAAAAUAUUUUUGCCCAAAGUCCUGAUCCUAUUAGGAAGACAUUUGGUUUUUUGUUAUAUACAGUGUUUGUUAAAAGUAUUUGGCCCCUUUCAGAUUUCUUCUUGUUCUUAUUUUGUCACAUAAACAUUCUUAAUAAUCAAACAAAUUUUAAUACCAGACAAAGAUUACCUGAGUAAAUACAAGACACUUCUCAAAUGAUGAUUUCAUUUACCAAAAAAAGUUGUCCAAACCACCCUGGGCCCUUUGAGAAAAAGUAUUUACCCCUAAACUGUUUGUGCCAUCAUUGAGAUGGCAAUGAGUUUUUAACGUUGCUCUUUUUUGAAACUUCUCCGAUCAACAUAAUUUUGUGCGUUUUGUGAUGUCAUCGAUCCAAAAAAACAAAAACAAAAAAACAACCUCAUAGCAUAAUUAGCAGCUUUUUUACAUUACUUUUUCAGAACUUUGCAAGUUUAUAAAUCCUGCCGAGGAAAUCGAUACUUUAUUCCCUGGCUGCGCUGUUUUGCGGGUCUGUAUUAGUGAGAAAAAUACACCCCUGGAAAGCGUCUUCAAAAAAAGAAGUGUACCAACACAUGCUCCUUGCUCUUCACAUCUAAAACAGCUUGAAUUUGUCUGCAUCUGGUCGAAUACGGAUCCAUGUGUAUUGCUGCUAGAAGUGCGCUGAAGUUUUAAAUGGCUCCAUCGUGCCUUGCGGUGCGAUGUCCCAGUUCUGUUCCGAUCUAAUUCACCAGUCAGGUCCUCGUCACUGAUGGGCAGAGCAGCGGAUGCGUCCAGCCCUCUUGUCGGAUGUCCGAAGAAGGGACGGACGGACUGGUGUUUACAUCCACACGGCUUCAUAGAGGAAGAGGAGGCGGGGGAGGAGACUGCGCACCGUUAACUCCUGCAGGAGGGGAAAGGGACACAUUGAACACGGGAUCUCAAACUAUCAACCUGCUUUUACCGCUACGGGAAGCGGUGGAUUUCAUUUAAAAGAGGCAUACUGAGGCUUCAUAACCCCAGGAGGGGUUUAAAUGCUCCGACUGGAGGCGAGCUGCGGCUGAAUGAGAGUGCAGGAAUAAGACACUAACACCCCCCCUGGUGGUGUGGAGGAAUGAGGGCCUCUGAAUGAAGGCCAUGGAGCUGAAAGUUUGGGUGGACGGAGUACAGCGCAUUGUGUGCGGUGUCACCGAGUUCACCACUUGCCAGGAAGUGGUCAUUGCUUUGGCACAAGCGAUUGGACGAACUGGCAGAUAUACUUUGAUCGAGAAAUGGCGAGACACAGAGCGCCACCUGGCUCCACAUGAAAACCCUGUGGUGUCCCUCAACAAGUGGGGUCAGUAUGCCAGCGACGUGCAGCUCAUUCUCCAGCGAACCGGCCCCUCUGUCAGCGAGCGGCCGACUUCUGACGGGCUGGCUUGGGUCCCAGAACGGGGGCUCUACCGGCAGAGCCUCCCGCCUUUGGCCAAGCUCCGUCCUUCAGGGACGGAUCGCUCCCUCAAACGUAGGGAACCCAAACGCAAGUCUCUGACCUUUACCGGGGGAGCCAGGGGCCUGCGGGAAAUAUUUGGAAAAAGUAAACAUACUGAAGCCAAACAGCCUCAGCAGCGCGUUGUGAGUCUGAACCUGUGCAGAGUUGGAGGCAGUGGAACAACAUCUGCACCUGGGAGUCCGGCCAGGGAACUCAGCCGGCUGGUGCAGCUGCAAAGAGACAAACUGCAGGCCCUGGAGAGCCGUCUGCUGGGCUGCGAGGCUGAGCUUCGAGACUGGGAGGAGGCUAGCGAACAGGAUGGAAACUUGGAGGAUGAUCUGCUGCAUCUAGAGCAGCAGGUAAGGAGGAACAAUGCUGAGAUGGAGGAGGAGGAGUUCUGGCAGAACGAGGUACACAUUGAGCAGGAGAGUGAGCGGCAGCUACGGCAACAGCUCACCGAGCUGCAGGGCCGCGUGCGCAACUACGAAGCCAAGCUUUCAGAGUACUUAGCACACAUUCAGAGUAUGGAGACAGGCUUGGAGCAGGAGCGACUGCAGCAGGAGGCUGAGAUUAACCUGAAGGUCAAGGAGGAGGAGGUGCAGGCACAGCUGGAGAAAGUGAGGGCAGAACUCGAAGUGCAGAGCCAAAAAACAGCACGGCUGGAAAGCAGCUGCAAGGCGUUGGAACGAUUGCUUUGCCAGUCGGGAAAAAGACUCCAGGAGAAAGAGCAGGAGCUUGAACAGCUAACAAAAGAGUUGCGACAAGUCAACCUGCAGCAGUUCAUCCAGCAGACUGGCACCAAGGUCUCGGUGCUGCCUGCUCAGCCCACAGGAGACAUUGAUUUGGAGUGUGGCUCUCUGAAACGACUUGGCUCCUCACGACUGUUACCCAGCAAUCUUCGAGCUCUGCAGAGCAGGGUCUCCUCCAGCCUAAACCCAGAAGGCAUCUAUGUUUGACUCCGCACAGCUGAUGCAGACAGCUGGGUGGCCUGAUGUUUCUGCAGCUAAGUAUAAACACAGGACUUCUGAGAACCCUCCUCUGAAACAGCUUCUACACAUCCUUCUUACUGGAACUUGGACAUAAACUGAUGUCAAGAUCUGUUUGUAUACUAACGUACAACACGGUGUCUGAACUCUGAGGCCUGAGUGAGUUUUCCUCUUGUGUUGUUACAUAAUGAGGUAAAGAAAACAAACGGCUAUAAAUCAGCAGAUAUUUUCUUUCGCAUAUGAUGCUUGAGGUGACUGCUUCAAACUGACAGUAAAUCAAAAGACAAUUUCUAAAGGUUUGACCUAAGUAAGAGUAGAUGCAUGAGCAUGCACAAAGACAUCUGUACUAUAACCUUAGCCAUAUCUGAUUGCCUUACUCUGGUAAAAAAAAAAAGAAGAAAGAAUUAAACCAGACAUGAAGAAAUAGGAUGUUUAAGCAGAACUCAAGGUAGCUUCUGAAUGCCAUAAAAAAUCUAAAAUGUUAAGCCGCAAUCCAGGAGACUGCUGGUCAUAUAUGAUGUCAGUGUACUUUAGAAUUGGAUUUGGUAUUUUUUAUACAUGAAUUUAGAGUUUUAUAUUGAUUCAUAUGAUUUAGAGUAGCCUUAUAGUUUGUUUUUAAACUAUGAAGUAAAACAUGUCCUUAUACUAUAACCAUAUAGGAUGUUAAAACCAGAUUAAGUGGGCCUUUAAAUAAACAGAAGCAUGUAAAAUUAAUCAAAGAAGCAACUUUAACUGAGUGGCCACUAGGUGGCGACAAACAUAAAUAAUCCAGGUGAGUAAAAGUAAUUGAAUAGUUUUCUCAAGAUCUUAGGUUGUUUUAUGAGUUUCUGUUCAUAUACGUACACUGUUAGUGUUUAAAUGUGCAUCAUAUUUUAUAAAAAUGCUUCAGCACUUUAGAUCUGAAUGUGGAAAGUCGCCACUGUCAUUUUUUCAUUUUAUUCUUAACAGCUUAACAAAAUAUAGGUGUUUUAAUUGAACCAAAGCUAGUGUAAAAAAAGAAAAAGUUAGAUGAAUUUAAUUAUUUCUUGUGUAAAAACUAUAAGAUAGCUGUUUUAAUAAAAAAAUAACAUAAUUUGACAGAGUGAUAGACAAGAUACGAACGUUUUGUAAUCAUGGUUACAAUGCCGCUAAUUACGCAAAGUUUGUCAUUUACCAAACCAGGAUCAGGAGAAAAUGCAACACCUCCAAAACUCGCAAGUCUGUAGACUAAAGUCUGUAAAACAUCAUAUUUUAAGCUCUGUAAGGUAAUAUAGCUACACACCAGUAACCAUUAACCAAUGACAAUGCUAAAAGUAGCAUUUCCUUUGGGGCUUCUGAUCGGUGCUAAAUUAAAGGGCUCUUUUGACAAUUUCAAUAUCUCUGGGCUUCAAACCUUAACUAGAUAAGUAUACACGGAACAGACACUCCUAAUAGCAUAAAAUGGUACAUUAAAAACCAACACUGAACACAGAUUUUUUGAAACACAGUAUGUGAUAUGAGAAACUUAUUUUGCCAUUUUUAAUGCAGUAAUACUGUAAAAGCUUGCCAAUAACAUAAUAGGUUAUUACAUUAUUGGGUGCUUAAUAAUUAGCCAGUAACAACUUAUUAACCAGGGUGUAUGUGUGUCACUUUCUGCCUAGAAAAUAUUACAAAUAUACAGUCAAAGAAUGUGGACUUACAACAAUAAUUAGGAGAGAGCGCUGCAUGGUGCAUCCCUUGAUGAAUUAACAAGACAACUAAUAAAUUCAUGAUACCAAUUUUGAUGGCCAAAAACCACGAAGAGAGGUUUCAAGAGGUUCAGUCUAAUUUCUGUAUAAUUACAUUAUUGGCUAAAGUUGUUACAUUGUCAAAUGAUUUUUUUUAAUGCUACACCAAUAAAGUAACAACAAGCCAAUAAUGUAAUAACUUUUAGAUUAUUACCAAGUUAUGUACUUGGCCUAAUUGCAUUUAAAAUACCGUAACCAAUUUAUUAUGUUGUUGGCCAUUGUUACAUUAUUGGUCUUUACAAUCCCCAUAAAUAUAGAUAUUUUUUUACAAUGCUUGCUGUUUUAUUUGAGUUUUAAAGUAGUGGGUGUUUAACAUCAGUGCUUAACAUACUUUGAAUCAGUAUUCAUAAGAGACAGCUCUCUUGUUUCAGAGCGCUUUUAAUUUGUGCAGCUAUAAAUCUUUUCUACUCAUCCACGAGAUUGAAAUUUCUUUGCAGUUUCCUUCAAACUGAUAAACAGCCUCAGCUUUUUUUCUCCAAUUACUCAAUUUGACAAGCUGGAAAUCCAACUUGAGCCUUUUGUAAAGACCAUCGCGCUUGUGCUGUGAAUAUGUAACAACAAAGUGAGGUCCACCUUGUGCUUGUUUAGUCCCCACUUUAGUUGAACCUUUCUUUAAUUGUUCAGCGACUGGAAAUUAUUGUUCUUGUCACAGUGAAAGUCUCAGCUGGAGACAGCAACAAAAGGAAAGUUUCGAAUAAUAGCAUGCUUUACUGAGAGAGAAAAAAUAAUGUCUGAAUACCAUGUCAGGCUAUUUUUACAGUGGAUUGAUGUCUUAUAUAUGCAGAGUGCUAGGCAAUAGAUUGUGUGUGCAUGCUAAUGUGUGCUUGUUUUAUUUGGUCUCCCAAUUAAUCGCUUCCAAGGAUAGGUUGUUGUCCCGUUUUCUAACAAAGGAUGGGCUCAGCGGAGAAAUGGCCAGACCUCCUCAUUAUUCUGAUUCUUUGUUUUAUUUCCAUUUGACAGCAAUAACACUUCUGAAUGUAGAAGAGAUUUGUGUUGCACUGAAACAUAAAGUCAACCAUCAUUACAUGGAUGUAUAUUUUGUUGCCUCCUUCCGAUUCAAGCUUAAAGACGUCGCCAAUAAUUGGCUUCUGUUGUGCCAUCUGAGGAGCUUCGCAGUAAGAGUGCGCACACAAAUGAGAUGAUGGAGCCAUUAUGGAAACAGCCAUCACAAGGUUUUAAAAGCUAUUUGGGAAACGCUGUGGCCCAGGGAUAUUUCAAGGCACAGAAUCACCCAGAUGAGAAUGGACGGAAAGUAAUUACGGAUAAAUGCUUCUCACAACGUCUCGGAUCAUUUGACAAGUUAAAUCGAAUGUUUGCUCUUGUGGGGACUUCAAGAGUUUGACAAGUUGUUGCACUGCCUCAGAGACAUGAUACAACAAGUGUUUACUGUGCACCGGAAGAGAUUUAGAGGAAAACUGUUUCUGUUUCUCAAAGUUUGCCUAUGUUGUGCCUCAUGUAUAAUGACAGAUGAUCCAGCAUAUACAUGAACAGCAUAAUCAGGGCUUUUUGUUUAAAUUUGGGGUCUGUGGUGUAAUCCUGUUCUUGAAACAUCCCUCAGAUUGUUGAUAAUAUUAAAUAGAUCUGCUGUUUAAUACCAGUAACUCAAGAGAUUAUAAUUUUGUAUUGUCUACCUAAUAUAUUUUUUUAUCUGCUAGAAUGUAUCCAGUUUUCCUCUUAUGGUUCAUUAUUAUAUUGGAAAGAAAUCAUCAGUUAAAAAGAAAUAUGUAAAUAUGUGGAAAAAAAAAGUAUUUAAAAAGAUGAGAAAUCAUCUGCUGCUUUCUGGUCUCCUUGCUUCUUCUGUGAUUCAUGUGAAACAUGUUUAUGACAUAAAAGUUUCAGUUGUCAUCCAUG